AUGUCGGGCGCCCUCGACAUGUCCCUCGACAACAUAAUCAAAUCAAGCAAGAAGACUGCCGGCGACGGACGCGGGCGGGGUCAUGAGGCCAGCGGGCCGUCCCGUCGCGCGCCCAAUCGAACGGCUAACCGAUCCGCCCCUUACUCCUCCGGGAAGGCUCCCAACUCGGUGUGGCAGCACGACAUGUACUCGACGGCGCAAGCAGGCGGUUUUCCUGCUCCGACGACAAGGGCUUCCUCCAUAGAUACUGGCACCAAGCUGUAUAUCUUGAAUUUAGAAUUCGGAGUGUCGAAUGAGGACAUUAAGUUUUUUGGCUAUCUUGAGCCUAAGGAUGAAGAGGAAGCGUCCUUGUGGAGCGAGGCUAAUGGAGUGAGGCCUGCAGCAUUUAGAAAUUCCAUGGCAUCACUCUCGUUAUUGGAGUUCGGAAACAAUGGUAGGGAGAAGAGAAGUCACGGGAGAGAAGAGAUAAAAAUGUUUUCAUUCAAUUAA